ACAUCCUUUGCGCGGGUCACACAGAUUUUCAGUUUUAAGGAAAACAGUUUUGUGGUUUUAUCGGGAUAAUACAAAGGUUGCAAAAUAUCUGUGAGUACAGACGUUGGCCAUUGGAACGGGUUGCCAACGUCAAUAUUGAUUCUGACCUGCAAAACGAGGCACCACCAUCUUCCCCGCCAUCCACCAAGCAUACACAGACGCACACCCCCACACACGAGCAGACAGGAAAAGCCAUUUUCGGCAGGUAAUUAAGUAAAAGCCAAGGAGAGAACCAUGGCGGAUCGUGAGCGGAGCAUACACGAGAUGCUAAAGGACGCGCCAUCGUUGAACGACAGCUGUGGGUCGGUGCACACGGGCACCGAAGGCGGCAGCCUGGUACUCGGGAGCGCCAGCAGCCACAGCAUAAUCGGAGGAGGACAUGCAACCACGGGCGGUCCCUUUGGCGCCCCAAACAGUCUGCCACUAAGGAAUCAUUCAGCACCCACGACACCCAUGUCGCCCAGUAGUCCCCCGUCUGGCAAUGGCACUCUGAGCCCUACGGACAGCGGGAGCGGCAGCCUCAUACGCACUAGCGCCUCCAAGAUCGACAGCCUUAAGAACUGGAGCAUAUCCACAUACAAGUGCACACGCCAGAUCAUGCUGGAGAAGCUGGGCAAGUCGCAGCGCACCGUGGACUCGGAGUUGGAGGCCCAGAUCGAACAGCUGCGCGAGACACAGCGGAAGUAUCUGUCCAUCUUGAGGCUGACGCGCGCCUUCAGCUCGCACUUCCAGCACGUGGUCGUCACCCAGCACGCCCUGGCCGAAUCCUUUGCCGAUCUCGCCCAGAAGAACCCCGAGCUGCAGAAGGAGUUCACCUGCAACUCGGAGACGCAACGCAAUCUAACCAAGAACGGCGAGCUGCUGCUCAACGCGCUCAACUUCUUUAUUUCGUCGGUUAACACGCUGUGCAACAAGACGAUCGACGACACACUGCUGACGAUACGACAGUACGAGACAGCCAGAAUCGAAUUCGAUGCCUAUCGCAUGGACUUGGAGAACACCAAGCCGGAGUUGUCGCCCUCCGCUGCAGCUUUGGAGGAGACACAGCGUAGCUAUGCGCAGCACAAGGAGCAAUACGAGAAGCUGCGCUCUGACGUGGCGGUCAAAAUGCAAUUCCUCGACGAGAAUCGCAUUAAAGUGAUGCACAAGCAACUGAUUCUGCUGCACAAUGCCAUCGCUGCUUAUUUCUCGGGCAACGCCAUGGCACUGGAAAGUACUCUAAAGCAGUUCAACAUAAAGCUUAAGUCACCGAAUUCCGUCACCGGAUCCUGGCUGGAACAGUAAAUCAGAAGCUCCCUCCCAUACUUGAAACAUUGCAGACGGCAUUUAGGCGCAUCUAAUGGAUGGAGACCUUCUCCACUCACUUGCUGAACGAGCACGCUCUCUAAAAGAAACCCGAAGCCGAAAAAAUCCACGUUCAUGCGAAUAUCCAACGCACUGGAUGCUGCAUGACAAACCGUAACAAUAUUUACGUGCUAGGCUUAAGUUGAAUUCCUAAGCCGUAAGCAGAAAGUGGUAAACUGUAUGUUAUAUAUAUAUAUUUUUUCAACCGCUUUCCACUGUAUGUAACUUUAUGUAUUACUCACAUAUUCUCACACUUGGUACGCCACAGUUCCUUUGAUUUAUGUUUCCAAUAUGCCACCUUUCGUGGGGUAACUUAUUGCGCUCUGCUUGUGAAACACUUAGACCAAAAAGUGCUUAGUGCAACCCAUUGUUUUAGUUCUAGAUAUUGUGUGUGUGAAAAUUAUUUGUAAUUCACCCAAAACGAAUAAUCCAUAACAAAUCGAAAUGUUUCUGCGAGCUUGCGUAAUUUAAAUUCAUUGUUUUACUAGUCAACGUAUUAUUUACACUAAAAAGAAGUCUAU